ACCCCCACAGCCUGGCAAAAGGUGCGACAAGAGUCAGUACCGGACCGGACGCAGUACAAGGCAGCUAUAGCGCUACCCAGACCCUGAGCGAGGCAGGGCCCUGGUCACGUGGCUCGACGACGUCCCGCCCCGCCCCGCCCCGCCCCUGCCUGGGUCGGACCAGUCUGCGCCUGCGCGGGCGCGGGCUCGCUCGCCAGCCGUCCUGCGGGCUUGCGCCCCGGGCCGUGGGUUAAAGAAACUCUUCCCCAGAGAGGAAAGGCCGGAAGCACCAUGAUGGACUCCGAAGCACAUGAGAAGAGGCCCCCAAUGUUGACCUCUUCGAACCAGGACUUGUCACCUCACAUUGCGGGCGUGGGAGACAUGAAACAUUACUUGUGUGGCUACUGCGCGGCCUUCAACAACGUGGCGAUCACUUACCCGGUUCAGAAGAUCCUCUUCCGGCAGCAGCUUUACGGCAUCAAGACCCGGGAUGCAGUCCUGCAGCUGAGGAAGGAUGGGUUCCGCAACUUGUACCGCGGAAUCCUGCCCCCGCUGAUGCAGAAGACGACCACGCUGGCACUUAUGUUUGGUCUGUAUGAGGACCUGUCGCGCCUGCUCCACAAGCACGUGAGCAGCGCUCCCGAGUUUGCCACCCGUAGCGUGGCGGCGCUGCUGGCCGGGACGACGGAAGCCAUUCUCACUCCAUUCGAAAGGGUUCAGACUUUGCUUCAGGACCACAAACAUCACGAUAAGUUCACAAACACUUACCAGGCCUUCAGGGCGCUCAGAUGCCAUGGGAUUGCAGAGUAUUACCGAGGCAUGGUGCCCAUCCUUUUCCGGAAUGGGUUCGGCAAUGUCCUUUUUUUUGGCCUUCGAGGGCCCAUUAAGGAGAGCCUGCCUACUGCCACUACAUACAGCGCCCACCUGGUCAACGACUUCAUCUGUGGAGGUGUACUCGGGGCCGUGCUGGGCUUCUUAAGCUUCCCCAUUAACGUUGUCAAAGCUCGAAUACAGUCUCAGAUUGGCGGGCCAUUCCUGUCUCUCCCCAUGGUCUUCAAGACUAUCUGGAUAGAGCGGGACAGGAAGCUGAUCAAUCUCUUCAGAGGUGCACAUCUGAAUUACCACCGCUCUCUCAUCUCCUGGGGAAUAAUCAAUGCCACUUACGAGUUUUUGUUAAAGAUUGUAUGAUGAAAUCAUUAUGUGAGAUGUUAUUCUCAUCUAACUAGACCUAAGGAAAAUGCAAUUUGGCUUUGUUCCUAAUUGGCUUAAGUACAGUUUGGUGUCCAAGACCAAGCCAUAACUUGCAGACAGAGCACUGACAAGAACAGAGUCCAGGUUUCAGUGGGCAGGUGUCAGGGUUCGGGUGUGGUCAUUACUCCAGAGCUUUAGGCUGCUGUUGCCCGGGAACCAGCCUGCACCGCUGGGCUGUGGCCUCCGCAGCCAGAGCGCGUGCUUCGCCCCCAGCCCGGGGCAUCUCAGGCUCAUUCUCACCUCAUUUACUUUGUCUCUGCUCUUAAGAGGGCCAUAAUCAUUAGACCCCAGCUCUGCACGGAGGACUGGAGCAGAGGUGCCACUCAGUGCCAUGCCUGAGCUCCAUGAUGAAUGGUUGGGGUUAGCUUUGAAAUAAGUGCUGUUGAGAUAGCCGCGAUCUAAACUUUCUGUUCACAUUUGAUAGAGUUGAGCAGCUAAUGAACGCUUCCAUUUUGCUGUUUGGCUUUGAACACUUUCUGUUUAAUUCUGAGUCUGACUUUAAGCCCUUCCAGAAUGUCCUUGUGCUGUUUUUACUGAAUUCAUUGCCAAAAGAUAGGGUGCCCUAGUUAAAUUCCGUUGUGUGCUUCAUCGUGGUAAGCUGGUCACUGCAGGCUCUGCUAUUCUGCUUGCUUCUUUGUGCUACUGCUGUCGACAGCCAACCAGUGAGGACACUGUCCCUUGUGAAUAGUAACUGUCAUGUCUGUCCUGCUCUCUGGUACUGGACUUUAAACAAAUAAACACUUCCAUAAAGUUUUAUUUCAGGGGUUUUAAUGCAACCCCAAGUCUUCUUUUUUUCUGGUUUCUCAGUGCUACAGAGUGAGCUAAGGAGUGGAGGGUGCUUCCCCUCUGGCCGCCCGUCUCUUUCUCUGGGAAGAAAGAUUUCAGGGUUCUGCUACUCAGGAGCCCAGUUGCCACUGUGCCGUUUAGGAAUGUCUGCUCUAAGUAGCAGCCCUGACUUCUGGUCAGGUAGGAUCCAACUGGCAGGAACCAGGCCAAGGAGUCACAUAGCUAUUUUCUGGGUAAAUGCUGUAAUGGAAAUACCAUCAGUCUGGGAAGUAGCUUAGAAUUUUCAGGAAGCUGUCUGUGACCACCACCGGUCAGCUUGGUUCCCAGGAGUCGACAUAAGCAAGUCAGUUUCUUUGCUUUUUUUUUUUUUGUUUGUUUGUUUAUUUUUUUAAAUGGUGCUAGGGAUUGAACCCAGGGCCUUGCACAUCCUAGGCAAAUGCUGUCCCACUACACUCCAGCCUUCCCAGUUUUGGUUUUAUUUGGUUUUAUUUUAUUUUGAGACAGAUUCUCAACAGGUAGCCCAGGCUCGUCUUGAACUCUCCUGGCUCUGCCUUCUGAGUGUUGGGAUUAAAGGCGUGAGCUGCCGGACCUGGCAUCCCCAGUCCUUAAGAAUAGGUUCCUUCCUCCCUCCCUCCCUCCCUCCCUCCCUCCCUUCCUUCCUUCCUUCCUUUCUUUCCAGAGCUGAGGACCUAACCCAGGGCCUUGCACUUGCUAGGCAAGAGCUCUACCACUGAGCUAAGUCCCCAACCCCAAAGAUAGGUUUCUUACUAAGUUUUUCAUUGGGUAAUUGCGUGUGUGUGUGUGUGUGUGUGUGUGUGUGUGUGUGUACACCUAUGUACCUAUAAACUGAAAUCAGACCCUCAGCUGCAGUUUGAGAGAAGUUUCUGGGGAAGGUAAUCCAAAACAGCUCUUUAACUACACUGAAGCUGGUUACAUAAAGCUACCAUCAUCCAGCUGUAACAGUUGGGAGCCUGGUAAGCAUUGGGGUGGCAGUAACGGAGGUCAGCGGCUUUGGAGCGACACUGGUGGAAGUGCAGUGCGGACAUUAAGGGGCAAAUGUGAGGACUCGGCAGACAAGAAUUUGUCUGAGAUACAUCUGAGUACUACUGUCUUCAGUUACAAUUUGAAGGUGAGAAGUCUCAGAAACGAGAGAUGGCGCCUUGGGUCCUGACCCCUGUGUCCACGUGCAGCAUUGCCCAGAUGCAGCACAGGGGAGGGGAGUUAACCAGGGAUUAUACUUUAAUUUUUGUUUGUUUUUGUUUUUUCGAGACAAGGUUUCUCUGUGUAGCCCUGGCUGUCCUGGAACUCACUCUGUAGACCAGGCUGGCCUUGAACUCAGAAAUCCACCUGCCUCUGCCUCCCGAGUGCUGGGAUUAAAGGCGUGCGCCACCACUGCCCAGCCCAGGAUUAUACUUGGCCUUGUUUUCUUUACACUCCGUGCAGGUGGCGCAAGUGUCGGCUGUAAAGCGCUCCUUUGAGGGUCACCAGGCUGUUAAGGGCAAGGCUUUGGCUUUGCUGACUUAAUUAUGUGACAUUUUAAAGCAAGAUUAAACUUCCUAAUGCUUUUUAACUUUUAAACACUUUGUCACCCUUAGAGCUCUUAAAGACUAGAUUGCAGUGUAUUACAGAGGUGGCUCUGUCUCUGAUAAAUUUAAGUUUGACAAAAAUAAAAUCAGAGCUUGUAAUCCACUUUGAACUUCUAUGUCAGAAUGUAAUUAAUAGUCUUAACUAGUGCGGUGAUAUUUUUUAAAGGCAAAAAAGACUAAAGAACUCUGAAAAGCUUUAAAGUGGCCUUUGUGUUACAUGUGUGGCACAGGUGGCUCAUGAGUGCAGGACACGAGUGUCCCGUGUGUCCUGUCUGAUGCCACUAGAAACCUACGAGUUUUGCAUUUAACACACCAGUGCUGUAAACCCUCAGGACGGUAGCAGGGUCAACACAGCCUUUGCAUUGUGGCAAAUUGGGGUUUUGCUUCCUUUGUGGUUAGAGACAGAUGUUUGUGCCUAUCAACGUUUAUCUUGUGGUUGGUCAUAUAAUCACUUGCUAUAUAUUGUGACCCUGUGCAAUGAAGCAGAAUUGUACAUACAUAGUAUUAUUUGAGUACCUGAAAUUCCUAAGCUCAAAGACAAUAUAGAUAAACUUGUAAGGUUUAGAGGGCUGGCCUCGUGUAAGUGGUUAAUAGAGAGUGAACCCUGGUUUGAGGGUGGUGAGAGCUGGGUGGAUGUGGUCACCGCUGGGCCAGACUGUUGCCAGGAAGGCAUUCAUGCUUGGGUUCCUUAUGUCAAAUGUAUUUUUUCUCCUAUAUAAAUAAAUGCAUAUCAAAAGCUUGAAUAUGUUCUCUCUAGAUUUAAAGAUUUUUUUACUUUUUUAUGCUCUUUGUAUAAACUUAAUGCUCUUUGCUUGCCAAACUGCUGAGGAGGUGGGUCUGCAUAUAUUUCUUCUUUUCGUUAUUAAAAGUAGCUAAACACAAA